UGUGCUGCCGGUGUUUAUAAACAAAAGUAAAAUUGCCAACGGCUUGGUAGAUUGUUAUCCGUAGCCCCAGCUAACAAUGAAUGUCAGCACAGAUUUUAAGCCGAUCCCAACACGAGCUGCGCUAGCACUUCAGAAAAUGGGACAGGACACAAACACCAGCUCUGCAUUCACAGCUCUCGUUUUUCAAGAACCGAAAUCGACGACGAAGCGCCCACAAAAAGAAACACCGGAUGCUCCGUCACGCAAACCAAACACUGCAAAGGAUACCCCUGGCAGUACCCAACCCGAGUUUGACAUCAAGAAAGCGCGCAACGAAGUACUCAACUUUGCUAUGUCCAAUCAACGCGUUAUAAAGAACAAGCGUAAAAUGGAAAUAUUUAAACUGGUGAAGCUGGGCAUGAAGCCACCGAAAAAGGAAUACAAGAACUACAAGGAACUGCAGGCUGAGCGCAAGAGACUGAGGGACAUACGCGAGGAGCGUAAAAAGUUUCAUCAAUUGGGCAAAAAUCAAACGGGUGCCGCCAGCGUAAAGUGUCGAAGUAGGACAAAGCUAGAGCACUCGAAGAAAAAACGGAUGCCCGUGGCCAACAUUGAUGAGCACUAUGGCAAGGCUCAGACCAAGUUCAAAAAGAAAAAAUAGCAAAAUCGUUAAAAGCAUAAUUAAGUUUCAUUAUUGUAUAGUAUAUGCAAAACAAAUGCAUGCAAAUUGUGUAAGUUGACAGCACUUGCCAGUGCUGCCAGCUUGGUAGAAACCAA